GACCAAACAUGUCCACAAAUCCUUGGGGACACCGUACGGCGCACAAUGCGCCGCGGCAACGUCCCAAUAUGCGUGGCACGAGCCUCUACCCAAUGGCUGCGCCACAUGCGAGGCAAGUAGCUAAGAACAUUGCUGCUAAACAAAUUCCAAAUACCUGGCCUAUCCCAAGAAACCGAAGUAAAAAAAGCAGAGGUCUGAGGCGAAAUGGCAACACUUGUUUCCGACUCAGCGGUCUACAAGCACUGUUACACUUGCCAAGAUUUCUUCAGUGGAUCAUCUCUCAUAAUAGCAUGCGCAAUGGAACCCGGAUCUUCCCAUGCCGUCCCGCUCAUGUGAUCCAUGCACAAUUAGAUUUGAAUAUGUCCAGUACUACUAUAUCGUCGAACAAGAAAAUUCCUAGUAUAGACGAAUUGCCUGAAAAGGAGUUGACUCAGCUCAAGAAGAAACUCGAGAAAAAAGAGAAGAAAAACCCAGGAAGUACGUUAACAGACUGUCCCGCUUGCGCGGUGAAGGCUUUAGCGCAGUUCUACUGGGGUAUCCAAAAUCUCAAUGCUGGUGGUGUACCUGAUAGUCUACCCUUCAACAAUGCAGAGCUAGACAGAGUUCACCAAGUUGACAACAUGCUGCGGCAAUUUACACCAGGAGCAGACACUGGGGCAGGGAACGCACAAGAGGACCCAGAGGAGAUGCAAACGCGACUAUUAACAGCAUGUCUCGAGUCUGUUAAUUACCAUCUCAAUGAAAACACGGCCUGGAAAGCUCGCUACGAAGCCCUGUUCAUACUGCAACAAGAGUGCUUCUGGAAUUGUCCAUGCGGUUCUCAGCAGGUUCCCCCAAACAAUCCCGCCCCCGACAGUAUCGGUUUCAACAACAUCGCGAUUCUCUCUAACGGCACACCAGACAGCCUUGAAGAAGCUAUGAGACGAGAGUUCGAACCAACUCCACUCAGUACCUUCCACUGUCACAUCUGUAACAGCACGCAGCAAAGAAUGCAGUCUACACGUAUUGAAGGAUCACCAGAAUAUCUCCGCAUCAAGCUCAGUAUCGUCAACAGUAACGGUACACCGAACUUGAAUCCCGUGAAUCUUCCCGAGGUUCUGAAUUUGUCUGAAUAUCAAGCUGUUGGUGACGGCCCACCGCUUCUCAUGUAUCGAUUAAGCAGUGUACUUGCUCAUGGCGGUAAACACAAUGCAGGUCACUGGGUUGCGAGCAAUUGA